AUGACAUUUGUACAUGAUAAUGACUCCCUCACUAUACCAGCCCUCAAUUUGCUCGAUCUGUACUUUUGCCUCUGGAAAUGCUACGUCAUCAGAUCUGCCGAGAACCAUGACUCAAGGAUGAGCAGCGACAGCUUCAAGAGUCAAAUCUCUGCGAUGAGCAGGCGCUGGUGUUGUGAGAUCGAAAACGAUCAGUUCAGGCCCUAUGUAAUGGUGUGGUUUCUGCCUUGCAAGCGCGCGAUACUCAAGACUACCUACCAUGUUGAUGGGCCUGAUGAAGUCUCAGCGUUGUUAAGC